AUGCUGCGUCUCUUUAGCCCGCUGUCUGCUGACGAGGCCGCUACUUUCGCUUGCCGGGCUCUUGAACGGUUGGAAAACGACCGAACGCGGAAUCAAGGGCGUCGAGAGCCGUAUCCGAUAGGGUGCACACUCGGGACGACCAACUGGACGGACGUGCAACGCCGUUGCCAGCCGCGGUCGCCAGCGUACAAGAUCCAACUCCGCAGAACGGAACUCUCAGCGUCUGUUUCUGAGCUUCUCGUUUGUCGCGACAUACGAGACGCGAGGACUUUGCAGGCACCCCGGUGGGUGUUUACGUACGCGUUUCGAAAAGUUAAGAGCGACAGGGGUGUUACGCUUGUCAGCGCCGACAAGCGCGAACCUACGGUAUUAGUGGUGAGUGCGCGUCACCUGGGCGGGCUCCUCUGGACGCACAUGGUACUUGAGCGAGCGCGCUGCAGUGGACACAGCAUUACCUGGCGAACAGUUCGAGGUUUCCAUUUUCUGGAUGGCGAGGAGAGUUUCUCUGUAAUGCGGGAUAAGCAUACCAAGCGCCUGGUGUACUGCAUAUGCUCCGUAUCGGCAGCGUCGCAUUGGCUCGCUCGUCUGGCUAGCCCGUACGUGCGUUUAUGCCAGGAUCGCUUUCAGGUUGAGUCGGUGCGAUUUCUGCAGCAGCGCUGGGAGGAUCCUCCGGAUACGCGCAAACAUCGACGCCAGCACCGCGGGCCCUGA